CCGAGAAGCUGAAAAGGAAAUGACCUAGAGCUCACGCUGGUUGGCGUGAUGGAGCAGCAACAGCAGCAGCAGCAGCAAUUGAGAAACCUGCGGGACUUCCUUUUGGUCUACAAUCGGAUGACGGAACUCUGCUUCCAGCGCUGCGUGCCCAGCCUGCACCACCGAGCUCUGGAUGCUGAGGAGGAGUCAUGUCUGCACAGCUGUGCCGGGAAGCUGAUCCAUUCUAAUCACCGCCUCAUGGCCACUUACGUGCAGCUCAUGCCUGCCCUGGUACAGCGCCGCAUGGCAGACUACGAGGCUGCCUCAGCUGUGCCACGUGCUGCUGCUGAACAACUGGAAACCUCACCCUCCGGCAGCUCGCCAUCCGCAAACCUCGGGAAAGGAGGCGCUGGAUGAACCCUCAAAUUAAAGGAGCCAGUGGACCUAGGGCUGGGUGCAGCCUGUGUAUAGCAAGUGAGGAGUUGUCCGAGAGCUGGGUACUGUUGCUCCUUUUCCUGGAGCUAAUAAACCCACUUUUCCUCUGUUUGGUUUAUAUUCUGGGCAAGGAAGUUUUGCCCACAUUGUUGGCACCAUCUUUAUUAUUCUGUCAGUUAGUGCUUCAGCCCUGGAAGCAUAGAAAUUGCUUUCUGUAUGUAGAAGGAAAGCCUAUAACCAGGCAUCUGGUUAAAGCAAGGUCUGAGGGUAAAAUUUUAAGAUUGGUAAUAGCAACAAGUUGGUUGCCCCGAUGAAAGAAAAUGGGAACUAUCUAGCUGUCCUUAAAUCUGUCUGACUGAAUGGCUCACUUGGAGAUAUCUUGGAAAACAGAUUAAGAAUCCACAGGGCUUUUAGGCAUUACCUCCUGGGAAGUCAGAAGCGUCAGACAGAGGUGAAACCUUGUAAGAAUUCAGGGGUGUUCUGGAACAUCGACCUCAAGAUGUUACUCCCUUAAUUAAUAUUUUCUGUCUUCUUAGGAUGAGCAGUUAAAUCUUUAAAUAAAGAAAAUCUGUGUUCUUGUCUUCAGGAGCAGUCAGAAAGGGGAAAACUUGUGGAACCGUACUCUGCAAUACACUCAGACUUGAGGGAUAAAAACCUAAGGGAGAAGUAGGUGGUGAUGGUUAUGAAAAGAAAAGGGAAGAAAGUCAAAUCUUCAGGACUUCUUAAAUGUUACCUUAUGUCUCACUUCUUGCCUAUAAUCUCCUAGAUCUAUCUCUUCCUCUACCCCUAGGUAUUGCCACUGUGCCUGUUCUGUGAUUUCUAAUUCCAGCCCCUCUGUUCUCUCCUUAUUAUUGCCCUCCAUGGAAUUUAGUUCUGUAUUCAACAAUCUGAAUGGCGUAUCUCUCCAUCACUGAGUUUUCUUGCCAUUCUUGUGUCCUUUUUGUGUCAUUCUGGCUGUUUUAACUUUUCUUCUGUUUCUCCGUAUCAAGUGACCAUGUUUUAUUUUUUAAAUGGAAGUAGUUCUUAGACACUGGCUCCCAUGGUAACCUUUUUUUUUCUUUUUUUUUUUAAGUACAACCACCCACAAAGCAGAUAUUUUCACCCCUGUACAUAUCAGGAUGUUAAAAAUGCAGAUCUGACUUUAUUUAUUUAUUUAUUUAUUUAUUUUUCAGAUCUGACUUUAAAAUCCAUGUUUUCUUUACUCCACCAGGCUGCCUUUCAGAAUAUCUUUUGAGUACCCAUUUUGUAUAGGUUCUGAUGUAGGUAUUACCCUCACUCAACAGGUGAGGAAGCAAGAAUUCAGUAUGUACCAGAAGCCCAUCUUAUACACAGUUACCUGUGGAGAAAAGUAGCUCUCUUUAUCGGAACAAAUCUUGUACAGGUUUAUUAAGAACCUUUCUUAACAAAAAAGUUGUUGACCAGGAACUUUCCUAUUGAGUGGCCUCAUGUUUGCCCAGUAAAGUCUCUUGGAAGUAUAAAUGCAGAUGAAACCGCUUGUGAAUUUCCCAAGUCCCAAAGACGGGAACAGGGACCUGGAAUACUGUGGUAAUGGUCAAAAGAUUCUUCCACAUCAACAUUUCUGUAUAUCCUUGCAAUAAACUUCU